UGUCAGCUAUCUUCUAUCUAUAUGGCGCUGCUGUGUGUGAGUAGUGGAUCCCUGUUGAACUUUCUCCGUGCAGAGCACCAGAGCAGUAAUACCCGGCGGUAAUUGGCUUAUCCGCCCGGCUGAACGCUGUGUCGGUUGAUUGUAAAACUGAACUCCGGGGAUUUUAUUCCCGCAGGAAAGACGGAGCGAAGCUUCCCUCUUAAGAUCUCUAGCAUUUUCAUAUCACACUCCUGAAGUUUCUGAAGAGCUCAGCAGGCUGGCCGACAGCAGACCACCAGGACCCUUCAGUCUGAGGAGGGAUAAAGACAGGAGUGUGUGUUUUCAAGUGAAGUGGCCCCUGUGUUUGCUGGAUAUGGCUUUUCUGUGUUUGAGAGAAAGACACUGGGACCAGAUCUGAGGUCAAGACCUUCCGCCUCCUCCCCUCCCCCCCGGAGUCACAUGACAGCGCGAGGCACAACCCGGGGUUGCUAUUGCUACCGACUGAAAUAUUUGUAUACUCGCUUGGAAAAGCAACACAGACAGGAUCUCUCAUUGGGAGGGGAACGAGCCAGAGGAGCUUCAAAGUGAGUUUGCUUUGUAAGCUGUUCAUUUACCCCCCCCCCCCCNCCCUUCUCUCUAUCCACAUACACAGUGUUCCCAUCCUCUCAGAUAAAGAGACGUUUUCCCUGAAUCACCUCAAAUCGACCAAAAUGCCAGCAAAGACACCAAUGUACUUAAAAACUACAACUCCCAAGAAGGGUAAGAGGCUGAGGCUCCGGGAUGUGCUCUCAGGGGACAUGAUCAGCCCCCCGCUGGGCGACGUGCGUCACAGCGCACACGUGGGGCCGGAAGGUGAGGGCGACAUGUUUGGAGACGUGGGCUUCCUGCAGGGGAAGAUGGGCAUGCUGUCGGGGCUGAGCGGGGGGCCGGACGGGCGGUCCCACAGCGUGGAGCAGCGCCUGGACCACGGCCCGGACCCCCACAGCUACGCCUACAACGGCUUCCACUACCAGCACUCCUCCAGCGGCCUGCUGAAGACCACCAUCUCCAUGCCCGUGUUCAUCGCCCACGAGCAGGCCCCACCCAAGCCCCCACGCCUCCACCUCGACGACCCCUCCCCUCCUUCCCAACAGAACCACUUCCACCCCCACCAGACCCCCACAGACUCCAGCCACAGACAGGCUAACGGCCACAGCCGCUCGGACAGCCGCAGCCAGAUGUUUGAGAACAGGUUGGUGGACCGCUGCAGAGACGUCUCCCUCCCCCCUGCCGUCCGCCGGCUCGUCCCCUCCUCCGGGUCCUUCUCGGAGGCCUCCUCUGAGGACUCCAUGUCAGAGACCUGCGGGCCCCUGGACAGUCGCCGGGGCCUCAGCCUGGACUUUGAUGCCAGCCUGAGCAAUGAGGACCUGAGGAGUGAGCGCAGUGACUCGCCCAGCCCCCCCUGCCGCCCGGCCCCUCUCACAGUCUCAGGGGGGGUGUCCAGGUCAGACUCUCUGAUGGGGUUGAAUCUGGAUCUGGGCCCCUCUAUCAUGGAGGAUGUCCUGAGCAUCAUGGACCGCUACAAGACUGAGGACAACCGCUGUGAGCUGUGAACACUCUGUGUGCAGAUACAUAAAUCCUGAAAGACUUCAUAAAGAUGCAAACAAAGGAGACUGGAUGGAGGGUUGAGAGAAGACUGCUUAAGGGUUACUGAAAGAUUGAAAGGGGAAACAUUUAGAAAAACAGUGCUUUUGAACAUGUAUCUGGGUAUAUGGAGUGCCUGCCAUCCCACAAACUGAAGUAUUGAAACCCGGUCUGUGUUUUGUAUGGGUUGUCCAUCAGAAAACAUGGGAUUAAACAGUCUAUUCAGAUGUGUCCCCCUCUUCUCAUGUCACAUGCAGGCUCACUGCACUUCUCGGGAGGGGGGCUAAAGCGCUACAACGGAGCGUUUCAGACAGUGUGAAUACAGGUUUAUUCAGACAGGCAGUAUGAGAACAAUGAUGUGUUUUGUGAACAUUAAAGCUUGUAACUAUGUUUUAGUAGAGACCCAAUGUAUGAGCCUGAAAGUGAGCAUAUGUCCUCUUUGAUAAAGGUGAGAAGCAGGUGGACUUUGUUGUGUUGGGAUGUUUCUGCCCGAUGGACAAAAGACAAGGCAGAAGGCUGGUCCUUAAGAGCCUUUAACAAAGCUGAAACUCCUAACCAUUCACAUUUGAAGAUAAUAGUCCACUUCUAUCUCAAACACAUUCUGUGGAUGGAAUACUGUCUAUUCCUCUGAUUAAUGCUGAGCAUGUUCUGCUUGGUAAUGGUUAACAAAUUGCUGACUGAGUAGAUGUGGAGAGACGGGAGGACGAAUCAGCAGCUGAGGACAAAACUCAGGACUCAUCCACAGCCACUAAUGUCUUACAACUACAGAUGCUCAAAUAACACAUUUAAAGUCAUACUAAGCUGAACUGCAAACAUCAUUAUGCUCUAUCCAUAUUCUUUCCUUAUUCAUCUUGGCUGCCUGUUUCAGAAUCAUUCCUAUUGAUAUCUUUACUGGUUUACUGUAAUGCUUCAAUGCCAGAAGAAAUGUGAAGAACUUCUGAUUUGACUCUCCUCUUGUAAAAGAUGAAGAUGUAAGUUCAAAUGGUUUCUAAAGUGACAUCUGAGAACAGCAGCACUAACAUUUCUUUCUUUCUCUUGAUCAGAGGGAAACAGCGUGUUAUUGUAGUUCAACUCAUCAAAUGUUAUUCUGCUGCUUUUAGACCUUUUCUAACCUUGGUCUUUCAAAACACUCCUCCUCCACGUUGUGGCUCCCUGUCGGCCUCCAGCACCACCAUCUGGAUAUCACAGUAUUACUCACAUGUCAUUUAUGCUGUAUAUAUCUAUAUGACUGUAAAUGUAAGAAUACAUUGUUAUAUACUGAGGAUUCAUGGACAAUUAUUUUC